GCUGUAUAAAAGCAUGACUGCGCCUCGUGUUCCAACCUCAGCUCCCGAUCUGCCUCCAUAACGAAUAACGAGUCACGAACACGAACCGCAAUCUCCGCUCUCCUCCACCAUGUCGCGCUCCUCCCACACCCUCCACGUCGCCGCCCUGAUCCCCGCCAACAUCUCGCCCUCCGACAUCAUCGCGACCCUCCACAACCACACAAACUGCCUAACGGUGCAGUCGCUGACGUGCGGCCACCAAGAAGUCCCCGCGCACGACGACGUGCAGAGCGACCCCUACUUCGCGCCGACGUCGUCCGCGCCGCCCGCGCCGCUCAAGAGCUACGAGGUCACCGAGGUCGUUACCAUCGUGCCGGGCAUCGGCGACUGGGGCAAGAAGACGAUCAAGUUCUUCUCGCACUUCCAGGACACGGCGACGGGGCUGCGCACGCGGGCCGAUGCCAGCAUGGGCGUCGUGCUGCACGCCGAGUACCGCGUGCAGCCGGGCGGCGCGGACGGCGAGGUCGACGGGGAGGGCGAGGGGAUUGGAUACGCCGAGUGGGUGCUUGCGGAGGAGGUGACGGUGGAGUGCUCGUGGUGGCUGAUGCCGCUCGUCAAGGGGAAUGUGUACAAGGCGCAUCGGGAUAUGGUGAGGAAGCUGGUGGAGCAGGUGAUUGCGGAGAAGAAUGCGCAGAGGAUUGCGAUGGGGACGGGGGCAUAUUAGAGGUGGGGAUAUGGAUGUGUGGGUUGGAGUUUGGAGUUUUGGGGAAGAGCGCGAUUUUAAGUGGGAUAUCCAUUAUACGUGGAGGGAGCGAGGUAAUUCAUAAUAUCAACACCGCCUAGGAAUCAGUUUGGAGCGUGUAGAUGCGGCUUCACGUAUUGGGAAGAUCGAAGAAGACAUCUUCGUGGGUUACCCGUUUUAUGCGUGGACAAGGCGUAUCCAGCCCCAAAUCACAUGCCAAACUAAGAUUUGAGGAUGAUUAUGCCCAAGAAAGGAUCCCUAUGCAUAAAAGGCAUGCGACUUGCUAGUGUGCAUGAUUCAAUGUUACCUAGUUUCAUAGUAAUCGUAUUGUUGCGCUAAGCCUCGGCCAGGUAAUGCUGCAACGCAAGGAGCUCGGAAC